ACUACUAGUAGAGUCAUGAGCGAAUCAGCUGAUCGUUUAUUCACAUAGAUGAGAUCAGCUGUUACCGGCCAUGGACUUGACGGACGAAGAUCUUACGAUUCCACCGGUUAAAUACGAAUAUCUCGAUCACACGGCCGAUGUACAAUUACAUGCCUGGGGAGAAAGUUUGGAGGAAGCAUUCGAACAAUGUGCAAUAGCGAUGUACGGAUAUAUGACAGAUCUACGUCGUGUCGAGAUAACAGAUAUUCUUAAUGUAGAAGUUGAAGGACACGACAUUCAGAGUCUGUUAUUUCAAUUUUUAAACGAACUAUUAUUUGCAUUCAGUGCCGAGUCAUUCCUUGUCGCUAAGAAAGUCAAAAUCAACGAAUUCGAUCGUGAAAACUUCAAAAUCAAAGCGACCCUUUACGGCGAAGAAUUCAACAUACGUAAACAUAGUCAAGAAGCUGAAGUAAAGGCAAUCACUUAUUCAGCUAUGCAGAUAUUAGAUCAACCUGACGUCGAACGUCCUGAGGUUUUCGUCAUCGUUGACAUAUAAUAACAAUAAUAAUAACAAUAAUAAUAAUAAUAGACGGAAAUGAAGAGAAUUGUGCAAUUUGGAAACAUUUGUCCAUUCCAUUGUUUCUACUGAUUGCAGUAUCUCUCUUUCUUUCUGUCUGUCUUUAUCUUUAUUUAUCAAUCUGCCUAUCUCUCUCUCUCUCUCUCUCUCUCUCUCUCUCUCUCUCUCUCUGUCUCUCUCUCUCUCUCUUAUAAAAUAACGAUGAAUCAAUAAAAAAUAUCUAGACUAUGUUGACAUCUUCAAAAGAAAUUGAUCAAAGAUUUAGGAUAAAGUAAUACAAAAAUUAGUAAUAGAUUUAAGUCAAAUUAACAAUAUGUUUUGAAGAAUUAAAAAGGGGAAAAAAAAAGAAAGAAAAGGAAGAUAGAAAAAGAUAUAUCGUAUUAGAAUAGAAACAAAAGGUAAUUUCAUUUCGUUUUCCUUUUCUUUUCUUUUCCUUUUUAUUUUCUUUCUUUUUUUUCCAUUUAAAAAAAAAAUACGUAAACAUACUUUAUUUGUUAUUCAUAUAGAAUGCAACGGCUCAAAUACUUGUAGCAAUUAAAUAUAAUUAAGUAUUAUUAUAUUUAUUAAUAUUAUUACAUUUAAUAAUAUAAUUAUAUUUAAUAAUAUAGCGACGAUAUCUUGAAAAUGAAUAUAGUAAUAAUUGAAUAAUGAUAAAAAAAAAAAAAGAAAAGAUAUAGAAAGAAAAAACAAAUCAGUAAAAAUAAAUAAAUGAAAAAAAAGAAAGUAACAGAAUAAAUCGUAAAAUAAUAAUUGACAAAAAUAUAAAAUAUAAUUCUAAAAUAAUAUAUAUUCUUUAUCAAUAUAAAUUUAAUAUGAUUGAACUUAAAUGAAUUGAAUUUAAUUAAGCAAAUCAAUUAGCAUCAAUCGUUUGGUGAAUAUAGUAACGUAUGAAAAUGUCAAGGCUUUACAAAAAAAAAAGCCGAGAAAGUCAAAAACCGAACGUAUCUAUAUUAUGAUAUAUAUAUAUUGCGAAUAUAUUUCUUAAGAUAUGUAAA